UUAGGGAAAGGAUAGUGCAUAAUUCAAUCACUACUGCUUUACAUAUAUACACAGAAUUUAUUCCAUAUAUAUAUGCAUGAAAAGUCCCCUCUUUCUAUUCCUUAAAUCUCUACAGAGCCUUUCCUUCUCUGAUCCUUAAUAUCUGCAAUCAAUUAGAAUAUCAAAAAGAUGGAAACUUCACAGUCUCUUUCUAUUGAGAGCUUUUCAUAUAGUUGGUUAGUGGAUUUGGGAGAUUCUUUUAGAGCAUCUAUGGAUGCAUCAGAUGAUUAUGAAACUGCUUUUAUUGAGAUGGAUCCUACACUUCCUCCUUCAAAGAGAUUCUUUAAUGUUAAUCCACAAGAUUUGAACUUUGAUUUUCCAACUUCUGAAUCUCCUUUAACUCUUGUUCAUGCUGAUGAACUCAUCUCCAAUGGUUUCUUGAUGCCUCUUUUCGUCAAGAAGCCGAUGAAGUUGGAAUCUGAUUACGAUGUAAUUAGUUCCGACUCCAUCCCAAAUUCUCCGACAUCUUCAGUCACACUGAACGAUUCACAUUCAUCUAGGAGGGUGAAUCGUUGUGUAUCGUUGAGAAGAUGUCGGACUUUGUCAAGGCGAGUUUUGCUCAAGUAUUUGGAUUUUUUGAGGCCUUUUUGCCAAAAAAUAAGAAGAUGUAGACUUGGUAGGUGCAGAAGUGGAAAGGAAGUGAAGAAGUGGGAAUAUUCUCCAGCAACAUCUCCCAGGACAAGUGUAGCUUAUUCUGUUGAUAAUUGGCGCAGGUCUUGUGAUUCUGAAAGCUCCAUUUAUGAAGCAGUUCUACAUUGCAAAAGAACCAUUGGUAAAUAGGGAAGAGAACUGAAUAAUGUCAUGGAACUAAAGAACAAAGAAAGAAGAUUGAGAGGUCUAAAGAUGAUCACAUGUCACUGAAUACAUUGUCCCUUUCUGUAUCUCUUUUCUCUUCUUCAAGAAUGGGAUUGUGAAUUUUUUGUCUCUUGAGGAAGUAGAAAAGCUGUAAAAGGAAGAAGUGUCAGCCAUGAGAAAUUCUUGGAAUUUUUUAAGAUACGAUAAAUCUUCGUGAUGACUCAUAUAUUUUUGUCCUUUUUUUUUUUAUUUAAAAUUCUCCUCUGUAGAGGAAGAACAGAAUUCCAACUUUGAAAUUGUCUGGCUUUGUGCUUAGUAAAGUUUAAUGGUAAUAAUAUUUCUCUA